UACUGGUCUGGCUCGGGAGGUGCCCCGGGCGGGAAGCACUUUCGUCCGGGAAGGAGCUGGUGCGCGUGCCCCGUGCCGGUGCCGGCGGGGUCCCCAGAGCCUCAGCGCAGGACGAGAGGGCAGCAAGGGUGCCCAGGGGCGAGCGGGUGGCCUCUCCACCAAGAGCGGGGCAAACGGAGCGCGGACCCUGCGCCUCGGGACUUAGCUCCCUUGUGCCCAGGGAACACCUAUUUCUUUUUUAAUGCGGCUAUAGAAUCUUUGUAGCUGCACGUGUGGCUCAGGUGAUAAUUCUCGUGGACAGAACUGGCUCAGUACCUCAUGGCCGUGGUCAAGCUGAUCGCUCUGAGCCUCUGAUUUCUUCCUCUUUGUGCGCCAGCGCCACUUCUGGUAGUAAGCUGGGGCCAGGAAAAGUGGAAGCUCAGCAUGUGAUGGCCAGCGCACCAACAGACAGGGGCCUCUGCCACUUUCGGGCUUUGGGUUGCCAGACCACCCAGUCCAACCAGGAGGUGCUGCAGAGCUGCUCACUCGUCAUCUUUGCCACCAAGCCCCAUGUCCUGCCAGCUGUCUUGGCAGAAGUGGCCGCUGUGGUCACUGCUGAGCACAUCUUGGUGUCUGUGGCUGCUGGGGUUUCUCUGAGCAUCCUGCAGGAGCUGUUACCCCCCUACGCCCGGGUGCUGCGAAUCUCACCCAACCUGCCUUGUGUAGUCCAGGAGGGGGCCAUAGUGAUGGCACGGGGACGCCACAUUGGGAACAGCGAGACCAAGUUCCUGCAGAACCUGCUGGAGGCCUGUGGGCAGUGCGAGGAGGUGCCUGAGGCCUAUGUGGACAUCCACACUGGCCUCAGUGGCAGUGGAGUAGCCUUUGUGUGCACAUUCUCUGAGGCCUUGGCCGAAGGUGCCAUCAAGAUGGGCAUGCCCAGUGCCCUGGCCCACCGCUUAGCUGCCCAGACCCUGCUGGGGACAGCCAAGAUGCUGCUGCAAGAGGGGCAGCUCCCAGCCCAGCUGCGGACGGACGUGUGCACACCAGGCGGCACCACCAUCUACGGGCUUCAUGCACUGGAGCAGGGCGGUCUGCGAGCAGCUACCAUGAGCGCAGUGGAGGCUGCCACCUGCCGGGCCAAGGAGCUUAGUAGAAAGUAGCCUAGGUCCUGGGCAAAGACCACCUGCUCUUCUCACUCAUCUGUGCUGCCUCGGUGCUCCCUUGCCCACUCACUGCUGUAUGAGGGUUUCAUGCUGUCCUCCCAUCCCUGGGGGAAAUGCAAGGUGACAGUACUUGAGAGGUUCGGGCAGGCAGGCCUCUCAGCAGUGCAGAUGUCCCUCCCUCCCCCUCAGGCAGAAGGCACCUGCCCUAGUGAGUCCACUAUAAUGGCAGUGUUGGUUCUGAGAGUUCCCAGAGAUGGCCUCUUGGUCAGGUGUCCACCUGGUGGAGCAGUUGGUUGGGGCCAUGAGCAUAGCUGCUGGUUGAGAAGGAUUGUCCCAGGUGCCUGGUUUGGAGCCCUGACCUUUCCUUGGACUUUCCAGAGGCUUUGCACAGCUGCAGCCAGGCCAAUUCCCUCAUGUCAGCUCUGGAGGGUUCAGGACAUACAGAAUCAGCACAAGAGACCCCCUCCCCCUCAGAAAAGCCAGGGGCCAUGGGUCUUGACCUAGUGCUGGGCAGAACCACCUAUGAGGAGCAGGAGCCUCAUUCUGCCAGCCCCUAAAAAGAAGAGUUGUGUGCUCUUCUCUCAGCCAAGGAGAAACCCCUGGAUCCCCAACAGCAGAGCUGCCUUGGGCUGGGCUGGGCUGGGGGCAGUGGGUAGGUGGAGGAAAUGUGUCAGCUUCCCCUGCACCCUGACCUGAGCCCUAGCCAGCCAGAAAGAAUGUAGACCCCUUGCUUACUUGGGUCCAGGCUCUUCUCUUCCAGGACCUAUGCUCUUGGCAAGUGGCCAGCUAGGGCUGGGCCUGAUGACCCCUGGUCGGGAGUCCUGGAGAGUCUUGUGGUCUGGACCUACCACCUAGCCUCAGAUUGUAAGACUUGGAUCCUCCAGCAUGCUCCGUAAGGGGCCAGCAGGACCUGGGGAGAAGCAAGUCUAUGGAUCUGGCAGCUGGGAUUCUUGGCCUUUGGGUGGGGAAGGUCUAGGCAUAUCACCCCUGGUCUGUACCCACCCUUGAGACUCAUGCCCCAUGUCACACCUACUGAGACGCCCAGAAGCAGGGAAGGUUGUGUGUCAUCCACCAGCUGGGUGACCUUGGCACAUUAAUCCCCAUCUGUGAAACUGGGCUGAUGGCACCUGUUUGGUGGGAACAUCGUUUCUAUCCCUCACGCCCACUGCCUCUGUGGCCCUCUUCCAGCCACACUUCCCUGAAGGCCUGCAGCCCUACUGGGUCAGCCCUCAUCCCUGAGCACCUGGCCCUAAGGCAGCCUGGCUUUCAGCCCAGUAACUGCAUCUCAUUCUGGCUCUGGCACUUGUCAGAAGAGUCAGCCUAAGUCUUUCCUACCUAUCUGUGGGGAUGAGAAUAAAGAUGCUGUCUCAGA